CUGAAAACGCACGACAUCGAGUCGCCCGCCCGACCGCCCCGUCUGCGACCGCCUCUCGAUCCUCUGUGCUCAUCGGGUUCGUGCCCAUCCCCGAUUGAGAGUUGGCCUCGACAUCGCCGGGGGUGCAGCCCACCCCAGCUCCUUCGCGACCCUGGUUGCUGCAACUAGCGUUGCGCGCGUGGGAAGCUGGGCAUGGUAAUUAUGGCCCAUGCCCCCCUCCUUCGCAUGAACACGGUCCCUACUGCGCCUAUGGAGACCGUUGACAAAAUGAACGUUAUCGGCAUGCCCAGCGCUACGCGCGCGAGCCAGCUGUCUGGCUCGACGUUUCCCGCAACCAGUUCAUCGGCUUCGCUGAACUCACUCUCCACCGCCACCACUGCCGGCGCACCGCCAAACGGCCAGGUCGUAGCCACCAGCAACAUCAUCAACCAGAGAGCCGACGCUUCGCGCUCCCUCUACCAAAUAUGCGUCUCACUGAAGCAGCGGCUCGCCAAGGUGCCGGGCUUCGAAGGGUACAUGGAGCAACUCGAGCAGAUGUCGAAGGACCCGGACGAGGGGGGGCCUGUUGAAUCCCUGUGGAAGCUCCUGCGCACUGGAUAUCCGCUGCUCGCCAUCUACAACGCGCUGCAGCCGGAUACGCCAUUGCAGGUCCAGGAACCGGCUGGGGCAUCAGAGGCAAAACGGUCCAAGAUUGCCAUCCUCCGCUUCGUCGAAGCCUGCAAGUCCAAGCUGAUGCUGCCUCCAACCGAGGUCUUCAUCAUCACCGACCUGGCGGGCAACGACACGACGGGGUUCGUAAAGGUCACAUCCGUUAUCAACCAUGUCCUUGACCUCGCCGAGCAGCGGGGCUUGCUCCUGCAGGUCCAGCCCUACCCCGAGGAUGACUCGAUGCAGACCGGUUCCCAGAUGAGCUACCGAGAUUACAUCGUGCGUGAGCUGGUAGACACGGAGCGGAAAUACGUCCAGGACCUGGAAAAUCUGCACGACCUGAAGAAGACAUUGGAGCAGAACGGCAUCAUCCCCGGCGACGUGGUCCACAACAUCUUCCUCAACAUCAAUGCCAUUUUGGAUUGCCAACGGAAGUUCCUCAUCAGAGUGGAAACCACAAACUCGAUGCCGCCAGAGAGGCAGGAGUGGGGAAGCCCGUUCGUUGCAUACGAAGAGACGUUCAAUACGUGCUACCAGCCCUUCAUCGCCAACCAGCGCAAGGCCGGUCAGCUCGCCAGCCAGGUCUUCGACAGCAUUCGGACCGCCGACCACCCAGUCGCCUGCGACUUCAAUACCCUUGACGGUUUCUUGCUAAAGCCCAUGCAGCGCCUCGUCAAGUAUCCCCUCCUCCUCAAGGAUCUGUUGAAAAAGAGCGAAGACGAGGCGACGAAGGCAGACUUAACUGCGGGGAUCGAGGCCGCUGAACGAGUCUUGCAGAAGGCGAACGAAGCUGUGGAUCGCGAUCUCCUGGACGAGGCCUUGGAAGACUUGAUCGUCCGAGUCGAAGACUGGAAGAAGCACCGGGUCGAGCAGUUUGGGAAACUUCUCUUGCACGGAGUCUACACCGUCAUCACCGGCAAAGGUGACCAAGAGAAGGAUUAUGAGAUUUACUUGUUUCAGUGCAUCUUGCUGUGCUGCAAGGAGAAAGACCCUAGCAAGGGCAAGGAUAAGAAGGACAAGACUCGGUCGACGGGGCCCAAGGUGCGCAACAAGAAUGCAAAGCUGCAGCUUAAAGGCCGCAUUUUCAUGACCAAUGUCACCGACGUGGUGGCUAUGUCCAAAACCGGCUCGUACACCGUCCAAAUCUGGUGGAAGGGGGACCCCGGCGUGGAGAACUUCAUGAUCAGGUUCCAGAAUGAGGAGACCAUGAAGAAGUGGGCGGCCGGUCUCGACCAGCAGCGGAAGGAGAAUGCGCCCCAACACCAUUCCAAUGCUGACAAGGGGGUUCCUAACUUCGCGUGGAUCGCGAACAACGUCCCAGAGAACCCCUAUGUUGAACCGGACGGGAGCGACGAGGAGGACGACCGUGAGGCUGGUGAGAACAGCCUUGCGGGAACGACACCCACGCCUUCUCAAUACAGCACACCGAUCACCACCAUGCCGGGCACAAUGCAGCGGAAUCCUUCGGGCACUAAUCUGCGCCGUGAGCGGUCAUCGACGAGUGACAGCACCCAGUCUGUUGCAGGCGUUGGUCGGGUGCCGCCUCCGCGGUUCCCCAUGAUUCCCCCCCCCACCUCGUCCCUCAGUCUCAAGACCCAGGUUCCAGGCCAGCCAUCACCGGGACCGCGUGUACCCACCGACUCGUACUUCUCACCGAUGACCGAGUCUCCGGUGUCCAGUCGUACGAGCACGACGAGCGGGAUCUUCAGCGCCCAGGGGUAUCAGUUCCCCAAAACAACAACCCCUCAGCCUUGGAAUGCUGAUGAUAUGAACCGACAUACCGCCCCGGCGGCGCCUCGCGCGCCUUCCCGCGAUGGUUCGUCGCCCGCCAACAGCUUUGGCGUAAACGGGCGCAAUCCUCGAGGGCCCUCGUUGCCCGUCAUGCCUCGCGACUUGGCGCAAUCCGCGCAGCAGCAGCAGCAACGCAGCCGGAGUUACAGCACGCCGGAUAUCAACGGGCAGGCUUCCCGGGGGCAACAGUCUAUCCCUGCGGUUCCGGGCAUUCCGCCUCAUUUGCACCAAGGCCAGCCACCCUACCCGACGCACGCUCGUCACGAUUCCAGCAUCCCGCGUAGCAAUACGGGCAGUCCGGCGAACGAUCUCCCUCUGCGAACCAACACAAACUCUCCUGGCACGCAGCGGCCACGGCAGUAUGGAGGCACCAUGGCGCAGUUUCCUACUCAGCCGGUCUACCCGCGUCAGGGGACGCCAGGCAGCGUCACCAACCUGCCACCGCCCGGCCCACCCCCGCCGGGAAUCGCCCCGCUUGCCCCGAUUGACCCGUCGAGGACGGUCGCGCCAGGUCUUGGGACGGCGCCGCUCCCAUCGAGUCACGGAAUGGUCCCGCCAACUCCCGACAUCGCCAUGCCGAACCAGCUCCUGGUGAAGGUGAACUGGGAUGCCGGCCGCUACUUUACGCUCGUCGCGCAAUACAACAUCACGUACCAGAGUCUUGUCGAUCGGAUCGACGUCAAGUUGGCCCGGCAUACCCAAAGCAAUACCAGCAUCGCUAAGGGCGACCUGAAGCUGCGGUACCGGGACGAGGAUGGCGAUUUCGUCACGAUUGAGAGCGACGAGGACAUCCAGAUUGCCAUCUCGGAAUGGCGCGAGGCCCAGGGCAGCACACCCGGUGGCCUCGGCGAGAUCGAGCUGUUCUGCGUUGGCGAUGUGAACUAGUCGCACGGAAGACGCGGGCUCGAGAAUGUCAGAGAACAAAAAAAAGGGGGAGAAACAGGGGAGAGAAAAAAGAAAAAAGAAAAAAGAAAGAAAACCUAAAAGAUCAAGAUGGAGAUC